UCCAAGGUCAGAAUGGUACGAGCUUGGUAUAUGGAUGACAGUGAAGAUGAUCAGAGGUUGGAGCAUCACAAAAAGAUCCCGGAGUUUUUGACACUUCAGCAGCUAUACGAUGUCACUGGAGUGGAGCAUUUUGAGGUGGACCAUGAGAAUUAUCAGAAGGACGAGGAGUUGAAGGAGUUGAGGAAGUCAAGGGGAUAUUCUUAUGAAGACGAGAUCGUAUGUUCCAAGGAAUGUUUACAGAAUUAUGAAGAAAAGUUGAAGAACUUUUUCACUGAGCAUUUACACACUGAUGAAGAGAUACGUCUAGUCCUCGCUGGAUCAGGAUAUUUCGAUGUUCGAGAUAAAGAUGACAAAUGGAUAAGAAUCGAAGUAACACCUGGAGAUCUAAUCAUAAUUCCCAGUGGAAUUUAUCACAGAUUCACUCUGGACGUGAAGAAUUUUAUUAAAGCGAAACGUUAUUUCGUUGGCGAACCAGUCUGGCUGCCUUACAAUCGUCCAGUUGACCAGAUGGAGUGUCGCCAGGAAUACUUGAAACGUCUGACAACUGGUUUCGUAAAUAAUACAUCACACUAGAGGAAAAGAAUCUAUAUUUCAUAUAUUUCUAUUGACAAAACACUGAGACUCAAUGCAAUGUCAAAGUUCAUACAAAAGUUUUUAAAUUGAUUCUUAUUUUUGUAGCUCUAUACAUUAUAUAAAUACAUAAACGAAAUUAAAUAAUACUUUUCUUCAGUAA